AUGCCAAAUCCUCGUUUGAUGCAAUCAUGGCAGCGGGCUCAACCAUGUCAGACAAUGAUUUUAUCGAGUAUAUGUUAUGGACGGUCUUGGUCAAGAAUACAAAGAGUUUCUCACCUCAAUCUGCAGCCGAAUCUUACAUUCGAUGAAUUUUUUGAUCUAGUAAACCAGGAAGAACAGCUGCAGAAACGGAUGGCCUCUCUUUCCUUGUCUUCUGGUGUUGCUCUUGCCACAGAUCGUGUCACAGAGGAUCACUCAAAUAACUCGAACAACAGGUACAAUGGCAACAAUAAUCACCGCAAUAAUGGGAGAGGUAGAGGGCGAGGCCGAAUAUGGAAUAACGGUCGUGGACAUUGGGAUCGUGAUAGCGGAUGGCGCAACAACCGUGAUCCUACCUAG